AUUGGCUUUGUUAAAUAGGGGUAUUCGAUAAGGGCGGAGUUGACGGUGCUUGGCGGCCAUGUUGAAAUUGUUACUGACAGUUAUUCGGAGGACUUUGUUGUGAACAGCGAGAGAAGCAUUCAGGGAUAUAUUCUGUUCACGAUAGUAUAGUUAAAUAUAUAUAGUUUUAUUUAAAUUAUAACAGAUGGACCAAGAAGAAAGGCGAAAGAAACUGGAGGCCGGAAGAGCCAAGCUUGCUCACUUUAGACAGCGUAAGGCGAAAGGCGACGGCACGAAUCCGCAGAAAAAGACGCCGAAGAGGAAGAGCCCGGCUGUCCACUCGGAUGACCUUUCGACGCAAGAGCACCCACUAGUGGCCAAGGCUUGCCCUGCGGACAGUGUGCCUAUAAGAAGCAAUGGGACGCUUGAUGAGGAGGUGCUGAGGCCUGCUGUGGACCCGCUGCAGAUGGAGCCUGAGCGGGAGAACAGUCUGGCAGAUGAGGCAGCUGUGAGUGUCUGUGAGGCAGUGGAAGGCCGGAGGGGUGGGAAAGAUCAGCAGCAGCUGCAAAUGGCACUUCAGGAGCGCAAUGAGAUAAUAUCUCAGCUCUCCACCAACCUCCAGGAGGCGCUGAGGAGCCGGGACCAGGUUCAGCUGGAGGUUAUGGAGCUGACCAACCAAAUCCAGGCCCUGCAACAGCAGCUCCAGCAGGCAAGCGAAUUCCUGCGGGGCCGGAGCCAAAGCAGUGUGGAGCUGUCCCAGGCUCAGCAGCAGAUCUCCCUGUUCCAGCACAGCCUCCAGGACCAGAGCACCCGGCUGGGCCUCUUGCAGGAGGAGCUGCAGGAGAGCCGGCAGCUCACCAUAGAGCACAAGUGCCUUCUCGCACAGAAGGAAACGGAGGUUACAGACCUGCAGGAGGAGCUGAGCUCCACACAGUCCCAGCUGCAGCAGGCGCGCUUGCUUCGGGACCAGGAGCUGGCCUCUCCGCGAAACCACACGAGCACCACAGAAACGCACACGCAGAGCCCUCCGGCCGACACCCUGCUGGAGCGCCUGAGGGCCGAGCUGCAGGCGGAGAGAGUGCGCGGCCGCCAUCUGGAGCAACUCGUCUGCGACUUCGAGGAGGAGCGGGGACAGCUGAAGGAGCAGCUGGCCGGAGUCCGGGAGGAGCUCAGCAUGGAGGCCCGACAGGUCGGCGAGGAGGAAGAGGAGCUGCGGCGGGAGGUGGCUCAGCUGAACGACCUGGUCCGGGGCCUCCGGGAGCGGCUGCAGGAGGAGGAGUCGGCCGGGCGUCGCCUGAGGGCCAAGCACGAGGCAGACAUCUCCAACUACGAGCUGCGCCUGCAGUCCCUGGAGGAGGAGAGGGUCGCUGACCUGGCGCAGCUGGCUGAGGCCCAUGAGGCUGAGCUGAAGAGCCUGAGGGACGAGGUCCGGUGGCUCUCGCCGCACCACGGAGACCAUGGAGACCACAGCUACCAGAGCGGUCCGGAGGACCCGGGGGAGAGCCCCGGCGGUGCCAAGGCUCAGAAGGAGCACGUCAACCAGGAGACUGCCGGCGAGAGCCGGGAGGAGCUCAGCCUGAACCUCUCCCUCCCCUGCGAUCAGGACCACCUCAUGGAGAAAUACCUGGCCUCCGUCGCUCCAAGGGACAACACCUGGGAGGACGACAGCCUUGAACACAGCCUUCUGGAGAAUUCCGGGAAUUACAGGUUUGAGGUGGAUGCCGAGGUCGAACACGAAAGGUCAAAGUCUGAGGCAGUCGGUCAGUUGAUGGAUACGUCAUCGCCUCAUGGCAGAGGCUGCAAAGUGGUAGAGCCUGGUGAAGAGUUGCUGAUCUCAGGUCAGUGGGAGUCCCACGUCUGUGCCACGCAGGGCGAGGAUGAAAGCGGUGGGUCUCUGACCUCAGGUCAGGGGCAGAUCCUCGCUUCUCCCUCACCUGGCCCGGAUGGAGACUCUGAGGUUGUGGACUUGGGAAAGGCUCUGCUGAUGGAACAGUGCAGGGAUCUAACCACGCAGCUGGAGGAGAGAGACCAACAGGUGGAGGAGCUCCAGGACCGCCUCCAGAGCCUGACAGAGGAGGUCCAGGGAGUUUCCGAGAGGUGGAGCAAAGCGGCACAGGAGCUCGAGUCUGUGCGCUGGGAGCUAGAGUCGGAGCGUGAGCGGAGACUUCACUGCGAAGAGCUCGUCAGCCGCAAAACCCACGAAGAAGACAACCUGAAGAACAAGCUCAGCUUCCUCCAGAGCCAGCUAGACCAAAGAGACCAAACCGGCUCGCCCCCUGACGCCCAGACUGACUGUCUGCUCCUCAUUGGAGACCUGAGGGAGGAGAAGGAACAGCUCCUGGCCCAGUUGCGAGAGCAGGAGCGGCUGGUUCGCGACCUCCAGGAGCAGAAGCUGGCCGGGGACUCUGUCACUAGCGAGGUCCAGGCGCUCUUCGGCCGGCAGCUCUCUACCCUGCAGACGCACAGGGACGGCCUGCAGGCCCAGCUGGACUCCCAGAAGACCAAGAGCCAGGCUGCGUCCCAGCUGCUGGAGCAGAAGACCCUGGAGCUGGAGUCGGCCCUCGUGGAGCUCCGGCAGCUCCGGGCAGAGCUGGAGGAGAAGGGGGAGCGUCUGCGGGAGAUGGGCGAGGAGAAGACUGACCUGGAGUCCAGGCUGUCCUGUCUGGAGCAAAACAUGGCCAACACGGAGGAGGCCUUGAGCCAGGGAGCGGUGGAGAAGGCGGCGCUGAAGGAGCGUCUGGGGGAGACAGAGACCAAAGUGAAGAAUGUGGAGAACAUCUUGCAGACAGAGAGGGAGGACUUCCUCAGCCAACUGCGCAUUCUGAAGGAGAAGGAGAGUGCCUUGGAGGCCCGGCUGAAGAGCGUUGGGAAAGACUUUGUGGAGCAGGCCAAGGGGCAAGAUGAGGCCGUGGAGGUAGCAAUGGCUCAGCUGAGACUGGCUCAUGAAGAAGAGAUGUGUAGACUACAGGGGAAACACCAAGAGGAGGUGCGGAGUCUAAAUCUGGAGAUGGAGAAGGCGCUCGCCCACCAGAAGGUCAAACUGGAGGACGAGCAUAAGAAGCAGGUUGCGCUGAUCAAGCAGGUGCAUGAGCGAGAGCACCAGCGCGAGAUGGCGGAGGUGGCCAGCAGACACAAGGACGCCAUGGAGGCUGCGCACCAGGAACACCUGCUCCAAGCACAGGCCCAGCAGGCCCUGGAGCUGGAGGCCCUGCGUCUGAGCCUGAACAACCUGCACACGGCGCAGCUGGAGCUGAGCCAGAACAACCUGCAGCACGACAAGGAGGCCGCGCUCCGGGAGCUCCAGGCCAGCCUGCGGGACAAGUGGGCCCAGGAGAGUGCCAUGCUGCAGACCCGCCAGCUCUUUGAGCUGGAGAAGAGCCGCGAGCAGAGCCACCUGGAGCACCAGCGCCAAAUGGAUGAAUUUAAGCGGACGUGGGAAUCGCAGCUCUCUGAGGACAGGACCAAGAUGGAAGCCCUGGAGGCGGAUAAAAUCAAGGCUCUGAAACGGGACUGGGAGCAGGAGGCAGCGAAGGCCCAGGCAGAGAUGCAGGCCACUCUUACUGAGACACUCCAGGCCCUCUCUGACACCAGGGGACAGCUGGGACAACUGCAGGCCUCCAAGAGCCAGGAGCUUCAGGCUCUGGAGGUGGAGCUGAGCCAGGCCUGGUCUGAUCGCGAUGCAGCUGCUCGAGCUGUAGAGGAACUGGUGUCCAGCCAUAAGCUGGUCCUGCAGGAGAAGAGGGACCACGCCCGACACCUGGAGGAGCUGGCCGUGGUCAGCGCGGAGCGUGAGAAGCAGCUGCAGCAGCAGUUGGAGAAGUUGCAGGCGGAGCAUACGGUGGUGAAGCAGAGCUCCGAGCAUCUGCGGACCCAGCUGGAGUGCAUGCGGGCCAGCCGACAAGAGCUGGGGGAGUUGAAGGAGCAGCUCCUGGCCCGCUCGUCCCGCGUGGAGGACAUCGAGCGUCUGAAGCAGGAGUUUUCCCAGCAGCGCCGGGACCUCCAGGAGCACAACGAGGCGGAGCUGGCCGCCCUGCGGGCCUACUUCGAGCAGCGUUUGCGGGCCGCGGAGGAGGGCUACCGCCAGGAGAUCGCCCUGCUGCAGCUCCGCCUGGUGGAGGUGGACCUGGAGGACUCUGUGCUCAAGACCGGGGACGACAGCUACCUUUCUGAAGGCAAACCAGCCGAGGAGAAGAAUGACAUCAUUGCAGAGAUCACCUCGAAACUGGAAAAACACAAGGAGGAGCUGGACGCCCUGCGAGAGGAGCUGGAGGGCAGGCACCAGCAGGAGCUGCAGCACCUGAGGGCCAGCCUGAGCCUGGCCUACCGAGAGGACCUGCUGCAGGCCAAGACCGACCUCACCGACCGCUACUUCUCCCAGAUCCAGGACAUGAAGGGCCGCCACUCCCUGGAGCUGGAGCAACAGCGCGCCAAGCUCUCCAGCAGCCACAUCAAAGAGCUCACCAAGCUGCGCGGAGCGGAGCGGGAGGUGCAGGAGGUGGAGGUGCGGGCCCAGCUGGAGCGGCGUGCCCUGGAGCUGGAGGCGCAGAAGGAGGCGCUGGUGGAGGCGCACACAGCGGAGCUCAAGCGGGUCAGGGAGGAGCACGGUGACCUCCUCUCACAAGUGCAGGAGAAGCUGAAGCAGGACUGCGAGGAGAAGCUGCGAGCGACACUGGAGGAGGCGCAGAGGGAGGAGCGGGAGAGGACCACGCUGGAGCUGUCCCAGCGGCACGAUGAGGCCAUGGCGGCUCUGAGCCAGCAGCUGGAAGCUGAACGGGAGCGACUGCGCGCCCUGCAGGACAGCCUGGAGACUGAGCAGAACCCCCAGCUCACGGCAGCGAGGCAGAAGAUCCAGGCGCGGUUCGACGCGGAGCUACUUGAGGCCCGGAGCGUCAUGGCCGAGGAGGUGAAGGAGCUGAGAGCCGGGCUGGAGGAGCGGGCGGAGGCUGACCUGCGGCAGGCUCGGAGCAGGCUCCUGGAAGAGCAGAAGCAGCAGGUGGCCACUUCUGAAGAGCUGAGGCAGCAGCUGAGUGAGGAGCAUCAGGGGAGACACAAGGCUGAGCUACACGCUCUGGAGGAAAAGCUUUGUGGAAAGCACAAGUUGGACCUAGAAGCUCUGGAGACGGAGCUUUGUGGAAAGCACAAGUUGGACCUUGAAGCUCUGGAGACGGAGCUUUGUGGAAAGCGCAAGUUGGACCUUGAAGCUCUGGAGACGGAGCUUUGUGGAAAGCGCAAGUUGGACCUUGAAGCUCUGGAGACGGAGCUUCGUGGAAAGCACAGGUCCCAGGUAGACUCUCUGGAGGCGGACCUUCGCGGGAAGCACCGGGCGGAGAUGGUUGCUCUGGAAACGGGCCUUAGUGCGAAACACAAGGCGGAGCUGGACUCUCUGCAGGCGGUUCUGCAGGAGACCAGCCUGGCCCAGCUGGAGGCUCAGGAGGCCGAGCUGCAGGCCAGGCACAGGCAGGAGAGGGAGGAGCUGGAGGCCAGGAUGCUGUCAAACAUGGACACCCUGGAGACCACCUACCUGGCGGAGGUCCAGGCCGCUCGGGAGGAGGGCCAGCGGGCGCUGCGGGAGCUGAGGGAGUCCGGCGACGGGGAGAGGAGGGAGGCAGAGCGUGGCCGGGCGGCCGAGCUGGAGAGGCUGCGGACGGAGCACCGCGCCCACCUGCAGUCCGUCACCGAGGAGCUAAGGAGGGAGCUGGCCCAGGUUCACAUGGACAAGUUCACAGCCAUGGCCGCCGAGCUCAGAGAUGCCCAACAGCUGGAGCUGAGCCAGGCUCUGGCCUCUCAGCACGAGGCCCUGGAGCAGCAGCACCGUCAGGCCCUGCAGAACCUGCGGCAGGAGGUGCUGGCUCUGGAGCAGACGCACAGCGCCACCCUGCAGGAGCUGGGGGAGGUGCGUGCUGUGGAGACGCAGCAGGGGCAGGAGCGGCUGACCACACUCGCCGCCCUGCACCGCCAGCAGCUGCAGGAGCUGAGAGAGUCCUCUGCCCGGGAGCUGGAGGAGGAGGUAUCCCGGCAACGGCUGCGUCUCCAAGAGGAGGCGGGGGAGGCGCUGCGGCAGAGGAGAGCCCAACUGACGGAGGCGUUUGCGGUAGAAAAAGCCGCCAUUCUGGAGCAGUGUGAGCAGAAGGCCCAGGCGUGCAGGGAUACGGCAGACGGGCUCACCAAGCAGCUACAGAAAGGGCAUGCGGAGAGCGCACAGCUGCGCACAGAGGUGUCCCGCCUGCAGGGGGCGCUGCAGGGGAAGAGCUCCGAGAUGGAGACCCUGGAGACGCUGCUGCAGCGCAGGGAGAGGGAGAACCAGGAGGGGGAGAACCUGCUCGUCAUGCUGAGGGCUGACCUCAGUACAGCUGCGCAGGAGAGGAGAGGGCUGCAGAAGGUGCUGCUGGAGGUUCUGCGGAACACAAUCGCCACAGAGGACCUGAUCAGCAAGAAGAUCAGCGCCUGCGUGAACAGCAGGGCGGGCGGACGUGGCGACGAGACCCGCAAGGGAAGCGUGGACGCCCUGGGGAAAGCAGAGGAGGCCGAGGAGGAAGACUCUGGUCCCGACAGCAGCCUGUGGUCAGCGCUAACGGACGAAGGGCUGGAGCUGUCCCAGAGGCUGUCGGAGAGCCUGUUCGCCGGGGCGGAGCUGGAGGCCGAGGGCGAGGAGUUCGUUUUGGGAGCGUGCGUCCGUCUGCGCACCGCUGUGGACAAGCUGCUGGAGCUGGUCACAGAGUCCGCCCGACAGCUGGAGCAGACCCAGGGGACCCAGGCCCACAUGGAGGAGCGGUUCUCUCAGGGCCGGCAGGACGCCGCCCAGCUGGUCCUGCAGCACCGCCACGUCCUGGAUCAGCUGGACCUGGAGGCGGGGCUUAAGAGCCAGCUGGAGCUGGAGCUGCACAAGGCUGAGGGUCUGAUGGAGGGCUAUGUGGCGGAGAAGGCGGCCCUGGAGGAGGUGCUGCAGCAGAAGGAGACGCAGACAGAGAGGCUGGUGGAGGAGCUGGAGGGCCUGCGGGUGCAGCUGCAGGAGCUCAGCGAGGAGCACAGCCUGCUCCUGCGUCAGAGGGACGCCAUCGCCGGGGGGCUGGGGGACCCAGAGAAGGGCUGUUCUGAUGUUGCAGAUGAUACAGAGCUGCUUCGGGAGGCGGAGCGCCUGGCCCAGGAGAGGCUGGACGUGCAGCGGCAGGCGGAUAAGGACCGCGGCGGCCUCCUGUCGCGUCUCAAGCUGCUGGAGAGCGAGCUGGAGGAGCAGGAGAGCAGCCGGCACGAGCAGGAGGAGAAGAGGAGGGCCCAGACCGAGGACCUGCAGCAGCACAUCCAGGCCCUGGAGAGGCAGCUCAAACACCACCGCCAGUUCAUGGACGAGCAGGCAGUGGAGCGGGAGCACGAGAGGGAUGAGUUUCAGCAGGAGAUUAAGAAACUGGAGGCUCUGCUCAGGCACCCAAACAAGCCCAGUGGUGGAGGAGACGGGCGGGGGCAGAAGAUUGAGGACUUGGUUCUCCAGGUGGAGACGCUGCAGGCAGCCAUCAAGGAGAAGAUGGAGGACUACAACACGCUGGUGCUGACCAAAGAGCAGUACCAGCGUGAUUUAGCCGAGCAGAACGAGGAGAUCGAUAAGAUGGCUGGACGCAUCCGCGAGCUGGAGCAGGCUUUGCUGAACAGCUCCGAGUCCAACCGAGCUCUGGGCCAGCUGGAGCAAGAACUGGAGAAGGUCCGGAAAACCGAACAGGAGCUCCUGCAGGACAAAGAAGCCCUCCAGCAGCAGCAGUACUCCAACCGGCUGCAGAUCUCGGCUCUACAGUCCAAGCUGGACGAGGGCCGCCACCGCUUCCCCGAGAACAAAGCGGAGCAGGCCCUGAAGGAGCAGCUGGAGGCCGUGCAGCAGACUCUGCUCAACAAGGAGAAGGAGGCGGAGGUGCUGGCGGGGCAGCUGGAGCAGGUGCAGCAGGAUCUGGCCGUGAAGGCGGAGGAGGUGCUGCAGCUCCAUAUGCAGCUGACGCUCCUGACGGAGCAGAACUCCAUCUGCGUCUCCCAGCUUCAGAAUGAGAUCAGCUCCCUCAAGGAGACUCUCACUCAGCUGCGGAGGAAAGAAGGAGGCAAGGGGGGCAACCCGGCCUCCAUGCUGCAGCUCCCCUUGGCCCUCCUUGAGGAGAAGAACCAGGAGAUCGACCAUCUCAACGAGCAGAUCCUCCACCUGCAGCAGGAAGUGGACGUCUCCAAGGACAACAAGGACGUAGAGGAGAAGCAGGCGGAGAUGGAGGAGCUGCGCUCCCAGGUGGAGCGUCUGCUCAGCGACCAGGCCCGCCUGCGGCAGGACAAGGAGGAGGAGGUGGAGCAGCUCCACGAGGUCAUCCACAAACUGCAGGAGGAGCUGGCCCAGCUGGGCCCCAACCGGCACGAGGUCAGCGACUCCCUGGAGCCCAACCUCGAGCCGCACUCCUUCUGGCCCCCCCACAGCCAGGAGGAGAGCCUCUGCCAGGAGCUGAGCAGCCACUGCCUGCAGUCCUCCCGGGACCGCCUCCGUGAGCUGCAGGCCCAGCUGGACCUGGCCUCCGGCGAGAAGGAGGCCCUGGAGCGCCUCCUCCUCACUCAGGAGCACACCUUCCGCGGCCAGGUGGAGGCGCUGGGACAGAGCCUGGCCGAGAAGACCCAGCGGCUGCUCCUGCUGGAGGAGGAGGGGGGAGCGUUGAGGGCGGACCUAUCCCGGCGGGAGGAGGAGCUGGAGGUGCUGUCCUCUCGGGUGCGUGAGCUGGAGGGCGGGGCCGAGGAGAGUGACGGGCAGCUGCGGGAGGCGGAGCUGCAGAGGGACAAGGCGCUCGCUGACCUCAGCCAGGAGGUGGAGCUUCAGGAGGAGCUGCUUGCUCUAAAGGAGGAGAAGGUUCUGCUGGAACAGCAGGUAGAGGAGCUGCUUGCUCUAAAGGAGGAGAAGGUUCUGCUCGAACAGCAGGUAGAGGAGCUCCUUGCUCUAAAGGAGGAGAAGGUUCAGCUGGAACAGCAGGUAGAGGAACUUCAGCAGGUCCACGAGGAGAGCUCUACAGCUGCAGAAACCCAGAGAGCAUUGGUUGUUGAGCAGGAGGCUAAAAUCCGAAACCUGGAGACGGUGAAGCAGGAGCUGUUCAUGGAACGGCAGGCACUGAGGCAGCGGGAAGGCCGGCUCCAGGAGGAGAUCGAGAGGCUAAAACGGGAAGUGACGUCAAAUAGCUAUCGCAUCCGGGAGCUGAACUCCCAGCUGGAGGAGAAGGUGAACAAGCACGCAGAGGCACAGAAAGAAGUUCUGACGUGUGCGGAGGAGACUCUGGCCAAGGCAGAGGGAGCUUUGCGGGAGAAGGAGGAGCAGCUGACUCGGCUGAGGGCGGAGCAUGAGGCCCUGAGGGCGGAGCUGGCCGCUGUGAAGGAGGGGCUGAACUCCAGCACCGAGAGGGCUGAGAAGCUUCUGGAAGAAGGCCAGACGAAGGACAAGGCGCUCGCCGACCUCGAGAUCCACAACCAGAGCCUGAAGUCGGAGCUGCGUGGCCUGCAGGAGGACCUGGCCCUGCAGGAGGAGGAGGUGGUCUAUCAGCAGCGGGAGCUGGCCGACCUGCGCGAGCGCUACGGCCUGCAGGGCCCGGCCUCCUGCUCCUCCCACUCCCCCUCGCCCCCCCCCGCCGGCCCCCUGCCCAAGACGGAGGACGGCUUCCUGUCGCUGCUGUCCCGCGAUCACUCCCUGUCCUCGCCUGAGGUCCUGCGCAAGCUGGACUGCAGCGAGGACCCGCCGUCGGCCGUGUUUCACGCCUCGCGUCUCUCCGAGCUGAGCGCCCUGCACAACACCAGCCUGGACCUGCACUUCAAGGCCUCCCCCGUGGGCAGGGCCGGCUCCCAGCCCCCGGAGGUCCUGUCCCCUGACCUGGACCCACCCUCCAGCUGCUCCCCGGUCUCCAUCGUGGCUUCUGGAAAUCUCUCGGGCCUGGACUCGCUGGAUGCUCAGAAGGUGGAUGAUUUUGAACAGCUUGGUUUGACCCCAUCUGCCUCCCCUGGGUGUUCCACCUCCACCCUCUCUGCCCAGGAGUGGGUCAGCGACGGCUAUGGCAGCAAUGUAAGCUCAGAGCUGGGCACUAGGCUGAAUGUGGAACUGGCAACAACUGAGCGUCUGGAUGCCAACUUCGUGGAGUACCUGCGAAACCGUGGCAUGGACCUGACGGACCACACGGACAGCGCAGCUGACAGCGAGGGGCCGAGUCACGAGCUCCUCUCUCCUGAGCUACAGGGGCUGCUGAGGAGGGUAUACCAGGAGGGGUGCAGGGUCCUGGCCCUCUCUCACCGCCCUGGUGGCGACGCCCCACCUCAAACCUGGCAGUCCGAGAAGCGUGCCCUGCAGGAAACCGUCCUCUCCCUCCGGGAGCUGCUCUGCAAGAUGGCCGACAAACAUCUCAAGACGGACGGUGCGGAUGCGGACUGGCGCAGGGAGCUGCUGCAUGCCGUGCGCAGUGUGUUUGACAGCGAGAGGCUCUCCUUGCGCUCCGAGCUCGACUCCCUGAUAACGGCCCAGGGGCUCCUCGACCCGGCUCCACUCAUGAGCACUCUGGAGCAGCUCCUCAAACAGCAGGAGGAGCAGCAGUGCCGGUCCCUGGAGCAGCUGCUCUCCGCAGACCGGCGCAGUCUGCUGGCAGAGGUGCAGAACCUGCAGAGCCAGCUGCGCAUCACCAGCCUGCAGAGCCAGGAGCAGCUGCAGCAGCUGCAGGGCUCCCUGAGCGCAGCGCAGGAGGAGGGCUGCCAACAGCGCCACCAGCUGCGCAGACAAGUGGAGCUGCUGGAGUACCGGCUGCAGCAGGAGCAGGCGUGUGUGGAAGACCUGCGUGGCUCUCUGAGCUCGGAGCAGGCGCGGGGGGCCGAGCAGCGCGCCCUCCUGAGGGCGGAGCAGGACGCCCUGGAGCAGCUGAAGCGGCAGCUGGAGGAGAGCAGCCAGCGGCUCGGCACCGCCGGCCUCGGCCAGCAGGAGCUCCAGCAGGAGACCCGCAAGCUCAGGAUGAGGCUGGAGAGCGAGAAGGUGGAGCAGGUGGUGCGAGAGGAGGCGCUGCAGCAGGAGCAGCUCCGGGUCCGACAGCUGCAGGAGGAGCUGGAGCAGGAGCAGCUGCGCAGCCGCCGGCAACAGGACCAGGAGGGCCAGGCGCACGAGGUGCUGAGGUCCUCUCUGGAGGAGUGCAGGGCGCAGGUCACAGAGCUGAGAGGGGCCCUGGAGCAGGAGGCCGUAGUCAGCAGUAACCUGCGCAUGGAGCUCCAGAUCGAGCGCUCCCGCUGCGAGGCCCUGAUCGCCCAGGAGAGGACCCGGGUCAGCGACACCCUCGGGCAGUUGGAGGACCAGCGCGCUCGCUGUGGCCAGCUCACUGACGCCCUCAACCAGCUGAAACUCGACAACACCCGUAUGCUGGAGGAAGCCCUCGCCCGAGAGAAACAAAUCUACGCCCAAAAGUUUGAGGACGCAGUCGCCAAGGAGAAACAAGACUACGCCCGUAAGUUUGAGGACGUAGUCACCCAGGAGAAACAAGACUACGCCCGUAAGUUUGAGGACGUAGUCGCCCAGGAGAAACAAGACUACGCCCGUAAAUUUGAGGAUCUAGUCGCUCGGGAGAAACGGGACUACGCCCGAAAGCUCGAGGACGCAACCGCUCGGGAGAAAGUGUCCUAUACCCAGAACCUGGACGAGGAGGCCAGGAGGCUGAUCGUGGAGCUCCAGGCCCAGCUGCAGCAGGAGCGCGGGCAGCGGGAGGAGCAGGAGGCCGCUCUGCAGCGCCUCCAAGAGCGGGCUGCCCACGCCGAGCGGUGGCAGGCGGAGGGGGAGGCGCAGCAGGAGGCAGGGACGCGACUCCACGCCACCAUGCAGGAGCUCCAGGCCCAGAGGCAGGAGGUGGCCCGCAGCCUGGAGGAGGAGAAGCACAGAGCCGCCCUCCUGCAGGCGGAGCUGGACGCCCUGCGGGAGAAGACCAGCGCCCUGAAGGAGAAGGAGCAGCUCCGCGAGGAGCAGAGGGAGCGGCAGAGGAGGCUGGAGAAGCAGGAGCAGGCCGACAGGGAGCGGCAGCACCAGAGGACCAGCGACAAACUGCAGGAGCUGCAGCAGCAGAGGGCACAGGACCAGCAGCGCGUGCGGCAGCUGCAGCAGACGCUGGCCGACCUGGGGGAGAAGGAGCGUCAGCUGACCUCGCAGUGCCGCAACCCGGACCCCGCGCAGCUGAACCAGCCGCAGCUGCGCCUGGCCCAACAGCAGCUGCAGCGCGCCGCCGUCAAGCUGCGCCACUUCCUGCACGCGCCCUCAGUCAGGAGGGAGGGGGAUCUGGCCCAGUCAGAAGACGGUGAGCUACGUGACCUGCUCCGCACCCUGACUGACCUGGAUGAGGACCUCAAACGCCUCUGCUCUCAGAACCCCUGUCAGAUGUCCUCCUCCAGCCUGGUGGAACGCCUGCUUAAGGAGAACUCUGAUCUGACCAAUCAGCUGGCUAUGUUCAGCGAAGACAAGGUGACCCUGAAGCACACCGUGUCCUGUCUGGAGAGGGAGAUGCAGGGCCAGAGACGCACGCGUGCUGCCAGGGAACAGUUGAAGUCUCCAGAGCCGGUGGACGCAGCCCAGCUCUCCGAGAAGCUUGCCUGGCAGAAGGAGCGCGUGUCCCUGCAGGCCGCUCUGCGCAGAGCGGAGGCCGAGCUGUCGAGGGUCACCGCCGAGAUCGAGAACCGGCCGGUCAUGGACUGCUCCAGCAGCAAGAUGAGCCGUCUGUACGGGAAGUACCUGCGGGCGGAGAGCUUCCGGAAGGCCCUGGUGUACCAGAAGAAGUACCUGCUGCUGCUCCUAGGAGGCUUCCAGGACUGCGAGCAGGUCACGCUGUCACUCAUCGCCCGCAUGGGGGCCUACCCCUCCCCCGCCGACCUGCAGGUUGCCGCCCCUCGCUCCCGCCCCAUUAACCGCUUCAGGACCUCCGUCCGCGUGGUCAUCGCCAUUUCCAGACUGCGGUUCCUGGUCAGGAAGUGGCAGAAGGCGAUCAGGAAAGGCCCGGGGGUGCCGGCCGUGUCUAACGGACUCGGGCACAGCGGCGGCCCCAGAGGUGAGGUGCUGAGACAGCAGCACCCAGGCGUGAUCCUGAACUCCCCGCCCACCCGUGACCCCGCUCUCUCUCAGAGGAGCGUGGUGUCGCCCCUGGUGGCUCCCAUGAAGUCACCCUUCAGGCUGCACAACAGGCUGUACCCCGGCCCUGCUCUGAUGCCUACAGAGGGCUCCCUCACGCAGUCCCAGGACCCGGAACGUUCCCUGACCGAGUACAUCCAGCACCUGGAGGCCAUUCAGCAGCGGCUCGGCGGGGUCCCACAAGUAAGCGGCAGUUGUGUAGCCCUGCGUGAGGAGAGGAGGCAGAGUCCUCUGUCUCGGUCGGCCGAUAUGAUGGGAUCUCGGCAGAAGUGGUUGCGAGAGAAUAGAACCUGGCUGUAUUUGAGUUGUCUGUCGCCUAUGUACUUAUCUGGCCUAGGGUCUCCAGCAAUCUCGUACUCCAGAAAAUCGGACCGAUGAAGGAAUGUCUGUUUUUGUUUUUUAUACAGUUUGUCUUCGUACAUCACUGUGUACAGAAUGCUGUUAAGAGCAGCGCUGACCGUUCUUUUUUUAAGUAAUAUAAAUUAUUUUUUAUGCCAUGUAAUCUUUCCUGUUUUCUAUUCCUGUAGUACUCACUGAUGGUGUCACCUAAAUGUGUUUUUGGAAGAAGUGAAACUUUUUAUAGUUUUAUAUACGUUUCUCCAUAUGUUCUGUAAAUAAUCACAGCUGUUAAAAUUGUUACGACAUGUUUUACAGGGAAUGCACUGGAGGCCCAGAUGAAAAGUAGUCACUGUUAAAACGCACAAUGGUGAACACAGUUGUUUCUUUUAUGUUUUUUUUAAUGUUGACAUUUAUACAAAAUGAAUAAAUAUUUUAAUAACGCUG